AUCAAACCUAAACAUUUUCCUCCCACUUCUAAGCAUCUCUCUCUCUCUCUCUCUCUCACACACACACACACACACACACACAAACAUGGCUGAUAUUCAAGAUGAUCAUGGAGCCCCGGGUAUCAAGCUGUUUGGCACAACAAUUGCAGUGCAAGUGAGACAAGUAAAGGAUGAAACAAACGAAUCUGAUCAAACUAGAGAAAAGAGGCCGGACAAGAUCAUACCAUGCCCUAGGUGCAAAAGCAUGGAGACCAAAUUCUGUUACUUUAACAACUACAAUGUUAACCAACCAAGACACUUCUGUAAGGGCUGUCAAAGAUAUUGGACAGCCGGUGGUGCCCUUCGGAACGUGCCCGUUGGAGCUGGUCGCCGGAAAACUAAGCCACCAUGUCGUGAGCUCGCCGGGUUCUCAGAGGGUUGCUUGUUUGAUGCUUCUGGGGUGCAACAUAUUGAUUUUGAUGGGGUGUUAGAGGAAUGGCACAUGGCGGAGCAUGGUGGUUUCCAAGAUAUUUUCCCGGCGAAGAGGCGGAGGAGCACCUCAGGUGGCCAAACUUGUUGACUAUCUUCUUUGUCUUUUAGUUAUAACAAUGCCCAAAAAAAAUCAAGUUUGGAAAAUAUUGGAAGCUAGCUAGCUUGUGUCUUGUUGUACACAUACAAGCUGUUUUCAAUUAAAUUAAUAACUAGCUAGUCCAUCAUUAUUGAA